UCAAUAUUAACUUUCAAUGAACGAAUUAAUUUUGAUAAAAGAAAAAUUGAAACAUGAGGGCUCAAAUUUAGGAAAAUAAGAUGAGUCCUUGAGAAACUUGGGUGAAAGCCAUUGAUUCCAUUCUUAGGAAGGACGUGACGCUAAAUUUUAGCAUUUUCGCCCUUUUCCUUUCUAAUUUAAAUUCAAAGGAGUUUCAAAUCUCAUCUCAGGUGGGAAACAGUUCGCCGCAGCGAGGAGAAAGAGAGACAGGGGGAGAGGAGGGGGGCCAAAACCCUAAUCUCUCUUUGCCUCUAUCGUCUACGGUUCCUCAGAACCCUAUCCUCCCUGUUUCCAGUUGAUUUUGAUCCAAGAUGAGUAGCCAAGUCGCUGCUCCGCAUCCCAGGAGGACCAGCCUCUCCCAGAAACGAGGCCCUACCACCGCCUCCAAGAAGGCGGUUCUUGCCGAAAAUGGAAGCUCCAAUGCCAAAGCCUCAUCUCCUACCCAUUUGGUUGAUGGCGUGAGAACAGUGAAGAAGCUGAGAUUGUCCAAAGCCCUCACGAUUCCUGAAGGAACCACAGUGUCUGAUGCAUGCCGAAGGAUGGCAGCUCGGAGAGUGGAUGCUGUUUUGUUGACAGAUUCAAAUGCUCUGCUCUCUGGAAUUGUUACAGACAAGGACAUUGCCACUAGAGUUAUAGCGGAAGAAUUGAGGCCAGAACAGACAGUAGUUUCAAAGAUUAUGACAAGGCAUCCAAUUUUUGUUAACUCAGAUUCGUUGGCUAUUGAGGCUCUUGAGAAGAUGGUGCAGGGCAAGUUUAGGCACCUCCCUGUUGUAGAAAAUGGUGAAGUUAUUGCCAUAUUGGAUAUUACAAAGUGCCUCUAUGAUGCUAUAUCUCGAAUGGAGAAGGCUGCAGAGCAUGGUAGUGCAAUUGCGGCUGCUGUUGAAGGGGUGGAACGCCAAUGGGGAAGCAAUUUCACUGCUCCAUAUAGUUUUAUUGAAACGCUUAGGGAGCGGAUGUUCAAGCCUGCUUUGUCAACUAUCAUUGCGGAAAAUACCAAGGUUGCAAUAGUAUCACCCUCUGAUCCUAUCUCUGUUGCUGCUAAAAAGAUGCGAGAAUAUCGGGUUAAUUCAGUUAUAAUCAUGACUGGAAGCAAGAUUCAGGGGAUAUUAACUUCAAAGGAUAUUCUUAUGCGGGUUGUGGCACAAAACCUUUCUCCUGAGUUGACUCUGGUGGAAAAGGUGAUGACUCCAAACCCUGAAUGCGCAACCUUGGAGACAACAAUCCUUGAUGCGCUACACAUAAUGCAUGAUGGGAAGUUUUUACAUCUUCCUGUUGUAGACAAAGAUGGAGGUAUUGCUGCCUGUGUUGAUGUUCUGCAGAUAACUCAUGCAGCAAUUUCAAUGGUUGAAAAUAGCUCUGGAGCAGUUAAUGAGGUCACAAAUACGAUAAUGCAAAAGUUUUGGGAUUCAACACUUGCUCUAGAGCCACCAGAUGAUUAUGACACCCAGAGUGAAUUGUCUGCAUUGAUGGCGGCAGAUGGGGCUGAACCUGGGAGGAACAUGUAUCCAUCUCUUGGUCUUGGGAAUUCGUUUGCCUUCAAGUUUGAAGAUAUUAAGGGUCGUGUACAUCGAUUCAAUUGUGGCACUGAAAGUUUAGAUGAGCUGGUAUCCGCUAUCAUGCAGAGGAUAGGUGCCAGUACCGACCAAGAUCGUCCACAGAUUUUGUAUGAAGACGAUGAAGGGGAUAAAGUUCUACUUUCAACUGACAGUGAUCUUGUUAGUGCCGUCAGUCAUGCUAGAGUAGUGGGACAGAAGGUUUUAAGGUUGCAGUUGGACUAUUCUGAGUCCAUCCAGGAAACAAGAAGACCCCAGACGGGCACAGACACUGUCCAAGGUACUGGAGGGGUGUUUCUCCACUCUGGGAUUUUGGCAAGUGCAGUGAUCAUAACAGUUGUUGGUUUUAUGGUCUACUUAAAGCGUGCCAAGUUAUGAUGUUCUUUCAUUUCUUCAAAGAAAAUAUUGACUUAUGGAGUUGAAUAUAAUCGAAUGUUCUAUCCACAUCUGAAGUGAAAACCAGCUUCACACCUAAUAAUCAAUAGAGGUAGAAAAUUGUGGUGAAAUGAUGGGCACUUAAAGAACUGUGGGGGGGAUUUCUGGAGAAUAUUGUUUACAUGUUUUCUCUAUUGUAAUUGAAAAAAAACUGAAACAUUGACAUAGAUGUGGCAUAUAAACUUGAGUCCAGUGGUGUAAUUGCAAAACACCAUACUUAUACUCUUGUUACAAUAGUUGACGGUGCAAUAUAAUUAUUUUGGGGGAGGCAUGAUCUCCUCAUGGGUAAAAUUUUUCUGGGAGCUGUGCAAA